UGGAAAUGAUGUUCAGUAUCUGACUGUCACGCUAUAAAAGAAGUUCCUGUUUGAUAUAUUCACAGUCUGUCGUAUCUUAAACAUCUGUGCAUUAAUUUUCAGCAGUAAUUAUACAAACAUAACUCAUAACCCUCAGGUGAUCUGUGUGACGUCACAUGUUUGAGUCACACAAACAGAAGAAGAAAACCAGCUGGUCCUGACACAGAUAUCUCAGGUAGUUAAUGAUCUGAGGUCAGAGUGUCGCCGCCUCACAGGAGACACAGACGAGUCCCCACAGAGACACUAACAGAGGACAUGAUGGGACCGAAGACGCUGCUGCUCGUCUCUCUGCUCGCCGUCCUGGUCGUGGCGUCGGCCGUGGGCCAGCAAGGCAGAAUGUUGCUCGGGCCGUGGACGGAUGUCAGCGAGAGUGACUACGAACUUCAGCAGGGUCUCACCAGCGCCAUCCACUACUACAACAACCACGGAUCAAACAAUGAUUACUACUUCAAACCCUCCACCAUCAUCAGAGCACGGAGGCAGGUUUUUCAAGACAAGUAUCGGUACAUCGUAGACUUGGAGAUGAUCAAAACCGGCUGCCGCAAACAAGACUACAGCAAUCCGUUCACCUGUGACCUUCAGCCUGAGAGAGGCGAGCGGCGCCAGUGUCACCCUGAGUUCUUUAUGUCACAUGGAGAGGUCGACAUCAAGGAUUUCAUAUGUGACCCCUGACGCCACCAGCUGUCUCCAGCCUUCAUCCUCCAGCAUCAUCUUCAUC